AUGAUGCCCGCAGCAGAUACAGCUCUCCAAUCUCCUUUCUCUGCUGACUGGUAUGCUUUCAUCCUGGUGUGGUGCAUUCAGGACUUAAGUAUGGAGACUCUGACAGCAGAGGGCGUGGUCAGAAGAGCUGGGGACAUGUUGAGAGCCUACAGGGACAUGAGAGAAGCCAAUUUCAUGGGAGCUGACAAAUACUUCCAUGCUAGAGGGAACUAUGAUGCUGCACGAAGGGGACCUGGGGGUGAAUGGGCUGCAAAAGUGAUCAGCAAUGCCAGAGAGGCAUCCCAGAGAGUCACUGACUUAUUUAAGUAUGGAGACAGCGGACAUGGAGUAGAGGACUCAAGGGCUGACCAGGCUGCCAAUGAAUGGGGGCGGAGUGGCAAAGACCCCAAUCACUUCAGACCUGCUGGACUGCCUGACAAGUACUGA